AUGAAUCUGACGUGGCCGUCGCACCGGAUUGCUACAAAUGUGUGUGCGUCGGCAUCGGCGUCGGCGCCGGCCCGCCGCGGGGGCGCGCGGCGCGCGGCCAAGCCACUGGCUGCCUCCAAGUGGAAGGCGGACUUUGACUUUGACUGGGCGCAGGCUGAGGAGGAGCCCAGCGACAGGAGCGUGACCCCCAGCGAUGACGAGGACGCCCCACACAAGAGCGAGGAGCGGGAGGAGGAGGAGGAGGCGGUGCAGCCGGCCAAGAAGCCGCGCGGGCGCCCAAAGAAGGCCGCCGCCGCCGCCGCCACUGCCGCCCCGGUACCCCUGGCCAAUGGCGUGGCCCCGGCCGCGGCCAAGGCGGCUGCGUCUAAGGGCAAGGGCGCCAGCGCAAGCGCCGCGGCCAAGGCCGCAACCCCAGCCAAGGUGGCGGCACCCACCCCCGUGCCUGCAAAGGGCGGGAGGGGCAGGCGCAGCAGCGUGGCCGCCGCCACUCCCAAGGAGGAGCCGGCGCCGGCGCCCGCGGCGAGCAAGGGGCGCAGCGGCGCCCAGCCCGCGGCGGCCGUCAAGGCGGCAAAGACAAAGCCAUCGGCAGCGGCCAAAAAGGGGGCAAAAGCAACGCCGACAGCUGCGGCGGCAGCGGGCGGCCGCGGCAAGCGCGGCGCGGCGGCGGCGCCUGCGGCGAAGGCAGCGGCAGCCCCGCCGCCAGCGAAGUCCGGCCGGGGCAAGCGCGGAGCCGUGGCGCCGGCCGCGGCGGAGGCAGAGGCGCCGGCCGCGGCCAACUCCGGUCCCGCCAAGCGGGCGAGGCGGUGA